AAUCGAAAAUAAUUAAAAAACAAAAAAAAACAAUAAAACCAAAAAAAAAUCAAAAAAAGAAAAAUCAAAUAAAUAAAAUAAAAAUGGGAAGAAGACCAGCUAGAUGUUACAGAUAACCUAAAGGUAAAGUGUAUCCUAAAUCCAGAUAUAACAGAGGUGUUCCUGAUCCAAAAUUAAGAAUAUACGAUGCUGGAAAAAAGAGAGCCCCAUGUGACGAAUUCCCUUAUGUCGUCCAUAUUGUAUCUGAUGAAAAAGAAUAAAUCACCUCCGAAGCAUUAGAAGCAGCUCGUAUUUCUGCCAACAAAAAUAUGAUUAAAUUCGUCUCAAAAGAAAACUUCCAUUUAAGAUGUAGAGCUCACCCAUGGCACGUACUCAGAAUUAAUAAAAUGUUAUCAUGCGCCGGUGCAGAUAGACUUUAAGCAGGUAUGAGAGGUGCUUUUGGUAAAGCAUUGGGAAAAGCAGCAAGAGUUUAUAUUGGAAAGGUUUUAUUCUCGAUUAGAUGUAAAGAAUAACACGUUAAAUUUGCUAUAGAAUCUCUCACUAGAGCUAAAGCUAAAUUCCCUGGCAGAUAAAAAGUUGUCGUUUCUUAAAAAUGGGGUUUCACUAACCUUACAAGAUAUUAAUACUCUAAAUUGAGAAAGGAAGGAAAGUUAAUUCCUGAUGGCAGCAAUGUUAAGGUUUUAGGAGUAAGAGGUCCUUUGUCUAGAUUACCAUUAUUCAGAUAAUAAGAAUGAGGAAAAAAUUGAAUUUUUGAUAUUAGUUUAUUUUUUACUUUGAAUGAAUUUUGUUGAAUAUUGAAUGUUUUUAGAAUGUGUGUGUCUUAUUUAUAUAUAUAUAUAUAUUUAAUUAUGUUUUUUGUUUAUUUUUUAAAUUUAAAGCAAUAUUUAAACAAAAUCAUUU